AUGGUCAAGACGAAUAAACUUGGGUCCAAGGUAGAGGUUUCAACACAUAAAGGGGCUGAGGUCCACAGCAGCAGUCCUCAGCGGGUGCAAGGCUACCCUCCUACCCACAGCCAGCGAAGCACUGCCAUCUCCUCGAGCCCUCCACCCCAUCGAAGACCAGAAGCUGCACAUCCCAUCCCUCCCAAGGCGGCCCCAAGCUAUCCUCGAUCUUUCUCCCCAGAAACAGGCCCUGGUUACUCUUCAGCCCACAUUUCUCGGGGAACCGAGUCCCGGCCCAGAACAGACGCAUUCCACCAUUACUCUCCUCAUCGAAAGACCCAGCAAGUUCAGACAGCAACAUCCCACACUGUAAGCACCCAUCAGAAUGUGAGCCCACCCAGAGAGUGUGCAGCACGGAGAGGUGGUGAGAACAAGCCCAUGCGCGACAUCACCCAGCCGAGCUCAUUAAUCCCAGAUGUCAAGUCCUCUCGCCGACUGAGUUUCUUAGACCAGAAGAAUAACUUUCGUACUCAUAACUUCCAAGAAGAGGAUCCACCUUCCAAGGUACAGAACCCACAAGGUGUUCGAGUGCCUCGUAGAGUUUCGAUUCAACCAAAGGAUGAAGCAAUACAGACCGACCCCAUCCAAAGGACUACCAAGAGUCCCUCCAGGCUAGACCAUGGCAGCAGCCGCCUUAGUACUGAACGUUGGGCCACCCUGAAAAAGACUCUUGUCCGGGAGCCAGAAAUGGAUUUUUACAAUUCAGUGCUUUCGGCAACCAAGUCUUUGCAUAAGAACAUAAACUUGGAUUCAUCCCUCAAACUCUCUGUCCUUAGAAAUUUGGAUGGCAGACAGGGAGUUCCCUCAUGUGCUGAGCCUGAGUCUCUCUGCAAGCACUCUGUCUACACUGAAAUCAAGCCCUCAAAACUCUCAACGAUAUCAGAGGUGGAGUCCAACAUGAAGUCUCCAAUCCAAGAAGACACUGACGUCAGUGUCAAGGUUCCCAUUUCCCCAGGACAAUCAAUACCAUCAACUCACCGUGUGAGAGCUCGAUUAAUGUCUGAAAGCUUACCCAGACCUCCUCUGUUUGCCACUGCAGAACCUUCACAGGGACUCACAGAAAUGAACCACAUGUCCCCAGGACCCACAGCCAGGUAUCAAGAACCAUCCCAAAAGUCUGCCCAUAGUACAGAACUGGAACUGACUCCUCGGCCUUUACCCCCUCGAUCCUUACCCAGAUACGGGCCCGAGUCCUCAUGGUGGGCCUUACUGAAUCCUGAUGUUGAAACGCCUCAAAGUCGACCAAUAACCCCUGAUUUUGAGCCCAAGUCCUCUCCUCCCCUAGACCCAUUCAUGUCCCUUUUGGAAAUGGACUCAAGCCCUUUAUGUGAGGAUCUGAUGUUCCAGAGAGAAAAGGAAAGCCCAUCACUGCCAUCACCAAAAGAGCCUCCGGACCAGACACCCAUGAAGGAAGUGCCAAAGACCCCCAAGCACACCUGGAAACAACCAAUUCAAAGGUUUAGUGCUUUCUUCCUGGAUGUUUCUGAGGAAAUGUGCAACCGUGUCAUCUGGUGGCUGAAAGAUGAGGAGAUCAAGCGUUUCCUGGAGGACACCACCGAUGAUGCAGAACUGAACAAGUUCGUGAAGGAUUUUCCAGGAAGCGAGAGCUGCCACCCACCGGAGGCCAAGACCUGGGGGUCCAGGCCACAGAUCCCGGAGCCAAGGCCCCAAACCCCGGAGCUCUAUGAGGAUGACCUGGAGUUCAGACCCCCGUCAUGGCCCCAGGCCUCUGACAGCCAGCAGUACUUCUGUGCCCCAGCCCCUCUCAGCCCCUCCACUCGGCCCCGCAGCCCUUGGGGCAAGCUCGAUCCCUAUGACUCCUCUGAGGAUGACAAGGAGUAUGUGGGCUUUGCGACCCUGCCCAAUCAGGUCCACCGCAAGUCAGUGAAGAAAGGCUUUGACUUCACCCUCAUGGUGGCAGGAGAGUCUGGCCUGGGGAAAUCCACCCUGGUCAACAGCCUCUUCCUCACAGACCUAUACCGGGACCGGAAGCUCCUUAGUGCUGAAGAGCGGAUCAUGCAAACUGUGGAGAUUACUAAGCACGCAGUGGACAUAGAGGAAAAGGGUGUGAGGCUGCGGCUCACCAUUGUGGACACACCAGGCUUUGGCGAUGCAGUCAACAACACAGAAUGCUGGAAGCCUGUGGCAGAAUACAUCGACCAGCAGUUUGAGCAGUAUUUCCGAGACGAGAGUGGCCUGAACCGCAAGAACAUCCAAGACAACAGGGUGCACUGCUGCCUGUAUUUCAUCUCGCCCUUCGGCCACGGGCUCCGACCAUUGGAUGUUGAAUUCAUGAAGGCCCUGCAUCAGCGGGUCAACAUCGUGCCUAUCCUGGCUAAGGCGGACACACUGACACCUCCUGAAGUGGAUCGCAAAAAACGCAAAAUCCGGGAGGAGAUUGAGCACUUUGGAAUCAAGAUUUAUCAGUUUCCGGACUGUGACUCUGAUGAGGAUGAGGACUUCAAAUUACAGGACCAAGCCCUAAAGGAAAGUAUCCCAUUUGCAGUCAUCGGCAGCAACACUGUGGUAGAAGCCAGAGGGCGGCGAGUUCGAGGGCGGCUCUACCCCUGGGGCAUCGUGGAAGUGGAGAACCCAGGGCACUGCGACUUCGUGAAGCUGAGGACAAUGCUGGUGCGCACACACAUGCAAGACCUGAAGGACGUGACGCGGGAAACCCACUAUGAGAACUACCGGGCCCAGUGCAUCCAGAGCAUGACCCGCCUGGUGGUGAAGGAAAGGAAUCGCAACAAGCUGACUCGAGAGAGUGGUACCGACUUCCCCAUCCCUGCCAUCCCACAGACAGAUCCAGAAACUGAGAAGCUGAUCCGAGAGAAAGAUGAGGAGCUGCGGCGGAUGCAGGAGAUGCUACACAAAAUCCAAAGGCAGAUGAAAGAGACACAGUAACUGGCUUUCAGCCCUGGAUAUUUAAAUCUCCUCCUCCAGCCCAUGCCAGCCCCUCCUAACACAAGCUCUGCUCAGGCCCCUCGCAGCUACUGCCACUUGGCCUUACAUCCCUGCUGACUUUCCAGAGACUCAGAGGAAAUAAAGUUAGUAACUCUCUAGGUGGC